AUGAAGGAGCGCUCGAAGAACUUCACAGUGCACGAGCAGAUCCAGCUUUGCCAAGCAUGGCUGAGUGUGUCCCUCGACUCUGUAGUAGGCAAUGACCAAACUGCCAGCAACUUCUUCGGUCGUGUAGCUGAAGCAUUCAACAGCAAUUCAGAGUGCACUCACAGAACCGGUGAAAGCCUCAACAUACAUUGGAGGGAUACCAUUAACAAGCAAGUUGCGUGCUUUGCCUCGGCGCUGAAGCUGUCGAAGUCGAUCGUGCGUUCGGGAUACAACAACGAGCAGUACUUAGCAGAUGCUCAUGAGUAUUACAAGGCUCAAAAGUGGAACAAGAAACAGGCUUCGUUUCGAUUGAUGCAUUGCUGGGAGAUCCUUAAGGAUCAACCCAAAUGGAUGCGCGAGUCAUCUGACGCCGCACAACCUGCAGCGACCUCAUCCGUCACGCCCACUACUGCUCUUGAUACGUCGCAAGAAACUCGUCCACUAGGAGCGAAGCGCGCUAAACAGCAACAGAAAGAUGCCCUCGAUCAUGGCUAA